AUGAGUCUGUUUUCACUUGCUGGCAGAACCGCUUUAGUGACGGGUGGAACCCGAGGCAUUGGCCAAGCGAUGGCCAUUGCUCUCGCAGAGGCGGGGGCCGACAUUGUUUUAGUUCAGAGAGAUACAAGCAACCCGGCGACAAGAGAGCAAAUUGAGAAGUUGGGUCAGAAGGCCACGAUUUACAAAGCCGAUCUUUCCUCACAGGAGUCGGUUUCCGCGUUAGUUACGUCCGUCAUCAAAGAUGGCCACGACAUUGACAUUCUGUUGAACUGCGCGGGUAUUCAGCGACGGCACCCAAGCCACAUGUUCCCGCAAGAAGAUUGGGAUGAGGUGCUGCAAGUCAACUUAACCACGGUCUUCAUCCUCUGCCGCGAUGUGGGCGCGUACAUGCUCACCCGCACCCCAAAUUCGUCCGGCCACCGUGGUAGCAUCAUCAACGUGGCUUCCCUGGUUUCCUUCCAGGGUGGACUGACCGUCCCGGCCUAUGCAGCCGCUAAGGGGGGCGUGGCUCAAUUGACCAAGGCUUUGUCGAAUGAGUGGGCAUCCAAAGGAAUCAACGUCAACGCCAUCGCACCGGGCUACGUCGCAACCGACAUGAAUGCUGCGUUGAUGCAGGACAAGGAACGCGCCGCAAGUAUUCUCGGUCGCAUCCCCGCAGGACGUUGGGGUCACCCGGAUGACUUCAAGGGGCCGGUGGUGUAUUUAGCCAGUCAAGCCAGCGCAUACGUGAGCGGCGAAGUACACACAGUCGACGGAGGCUGGAUGGGUCGGUGA